AUGUACAACGAUAAAACAAUUUAUAUCGUUGAAUAAUUGAUUCAAGAUGCUAAUUCAGACUUGGUAACUUUAUUAUAAGUAGAAACCUUCAUGAAAUAUGUUAGAGUAUCAGAUGCAAUUGCGAUUGAAUUCAUAAUAAAAAAUAUCAACUAAUUAUUGAGGAUUCUAUUUAUAAAUUAUGAUCAAAUUCACAGAUCUUAAUAUAUCAUAUACUCAGAUCUUAUUUCAAUAGUAUGGGAAAUUAUAGAUCUUAAUAUAGAAUAAAUUUUAUAAUAAAUAGAGGUAAUAAAGAGUUAAUAAUAUUUUAGAAUAAUUCAACAUAAGUAUAUGAUUUACUAAACUAUUAAAAUGUCCCAGAUGUAUAAUGGGCUUAGGCACAUAAAUUUUUAUAAUUUAUUAAAUAACGAUCUUGGUGUUUAAUCCCAAAAGCAUUGUUUGAAAUAGAUUAUUUACUAAUUAAAUUUUUACCUCAUUUACAUAAUAAGAGUGUAGCAUUAAUUAUAUUACUAUUUUUCGAAAAUUAAUAUCAUGAUUAAUAGCUAAGUUUUCUUAAAAAAGGUUUUAAUUAGUUUAAUGAAUUUGAUCCUUGUACUGCAAUAAAUUUUACUUUUUUAAUUCAUGAAAUUAUUACAAGAAUUGCUACAAAAGAAUUAAUAAAUUUUUUAUUAUCAAGUUAAGCAAUAGCUAAAUCAUUUGAAGUGUUAGAAAAUUGUAAUUUGAGUUUUAUGUAAUAAUAUAUUGUUAAUUAAUAUUGAUAGAGUAAGAAAGAAUGCUGCACAUAUAUUAUCAUUAAUAUCUAAUUACUAUUCUUUAGAUAUGCAAAAUCUAUAUUUAGAUGAACCAAGCAAUGAGACUAUAAUAGAUAAUUUUAGAUAAACUGAAUUUUAUUAGACAUUUAAUAUCUAAAUAAUUAAAGACAUAUUGAAUAAUGUUUUAUUAAAUAAUUGCAGAUUAGGAUUAUUAGCUGUGAAAUUAAUUGAAGUAUGUGAUUGCAAUAAAUUUAGAUUGUAGAUAAUUUAGUAAGAAUUUCAGAUUUAGAAUUAUGGAAUAAAAUAGAUAAAUCAAACAUUAUGGAAAUAAUUUUAAAUUUAGUAAAAAAGUUUAAAAAUUCAGAUAUUUUUAUAUCAUAUGUUAAUAAUAUGAUAAUAUUUAUUUUAGAUAGAGCAAUAAGUGAUUUUCAUCCUUUUUGGUGUGUAUAAAUUUUUACUAAGUAUAAAUUAUAUGCACAGUAGAUUAUGUAAUUUAAUAGAUAGAUAUUAAUCUUUGAAUAACAAUUAUAAGUUAAACUUAUAAGAGAUAGUGAUUUCUUACCAUAUUAUAAUGAAUUAAUGUAGAUUGAGAAUAUUCUUAAAAGAUCCCAAUUUUGGAGAUAAUCUAAAGAACAAUUAUAAAAAUAUGAGGAGAAACAUAUAUAUAGAUUAGGUGAGGAUUCUGAUACUCCUUCAAUUGAUUAUCCUCUUAUUGUUUCUGCUAUUGAUGAUGAAUGUAUAGAUGAAAUAAUUGAACCUAAAGAUAAUAUCUUUAUUGAUUGUUUAAAUAGACAAUCUCCAAUUGAUAGUUUAAAUAAUAAUGAUGAUUCUGAUGAUGAUGAUAAAUUAAUUGGAGCAUUCUCUGGUUUAGAUACUUUAAAUAAAUUAAAAAAUGUAUUUCAUAAAAUGGAUUUAAAAGAUUAAGAAGAAAAUUAAUAAGUAUAAGAGAAUAAACAAUAAUAAUAAGGAAAGAGAAUACGUAAUUUAUCUAAUUCAUUAAAUAAUUAAAUUUAAUAAGGAUAAAGAGAUAUUAUAAGUAGAUCUUUGAAUAGUGAUCAUGAUUCUCUUUAAAAAUUAUCAUUGAGUUCAUCAACUAAUCUUAAAUUAAUGACCAAAACUUUUGAUUCAUUUACUAUUGAAAUAUUAGGAAAUACUAAAGUAGUCAAAAAUAAUUAGAUCUUAAAAGUUGAUGAAAUUGAUAAUACAAAUAAUAUUUAGAAUGAAUGA